UGCCACUUUGUAACAAAGACAAGGAAGGUGCUUGAUUUGGAAGGAGCCUUGUCGAAUCUUGUCGCCCUGAUUUACAUUCCAACUUGUGCAUGGUUGAUUACAAAACUCCACGCAAGCGACCAUGAUCCAGACAGCUGUCCCCGAGAUCUUCGAGGACGAUUCGACCUCGGUAGUAGAAAUCCGCACAGAAAACUUGCAGGCGCUCAGGGAAUUGGGUCCCCCGGAUCUUGUGCACCUGGUCAAGCAGCCCGUCAAAUCGACAAGCAAGUCGGUCGGAGUAUAUCACCACGUUAGCGGCACAGACGCAUCUUCCUCUGCCAGUCUUGCAGCCUACAUCAACACGCUCGUCUACUCUCCCCACGACAAGACCAACAAAGUCACAUCCGGUCUCUACUGUUGUUACAAUGCCUUCUCCCGCCUCGACAUGCGCGUUCAAGUCCAGAUCCCCGGAACGGUAGAGAGCUACUGCGUCAACGAGCGCGGCGACAAGCUCGAAGCUUCGGAGGAACACUGGCUGGAAACAUACUUGUGCAGUGUCUUGCGCGCCUACUCGUACGCCGACGACGGCUCGGGCGACACCAUCAAGAAGAUUGUUGGCGUCCGUCGCUUCAACCCAAUCACAAACACUGAGGCCGAGCACAAGUUCCUGGAUGCUGCUGAGCGCCUCUUCUUCGCUGGCUGGCAACUCGGCUCCGACCCCGAGAUCCAAGUACCGAACCUCGUCUCGAAUCACCUCACUACCGGUCUCCUCAACUACAUCCGUACCACCGGCCGUUACGCCUCCGGCAUCAACCUCUUCGAGAAGUUACGCACGCGCGACCCCGAGAUAUCAUCCCUGCUUGCCCGUGUCUACAUCAUGGGAGAUGAAGAAGUCAAGGCUGUACAAUUGCUCCGCGACGCCAUCCAUCAGAUGCCCAUGGACUAUCCUCUACUCGAUUGCCAGGCAGAAUACUGUCUGUCCAAGGGCAGAAGCGACCUGGCCCUUGAGAUUGCUAAGCGCAGUGUCAUCUCGGCCCCCAGCGAGUUCGCUACUUGGGCGAGACUGGCCGAAGUCUACAUCAGCAUGGAGCAGUGGGACAUGGCCCUCCUGACUCUCAAUUCCUGCCCCAUGUUCACCUACCAGGACAAGGAUUCACCACGCAUGCCCGAGCCCGCUCGUGUCUCUCUCCCCCUCGCUCCGGAAGCCAUGUGUGAUGAGAUCGAUGACUCUGGUGCUAUGGGCGAAGAGCUUGUUCACCCCAACCUGCGCAGAUUGAGCGCUGCCAACUACAAGGGCACCUUCCAAAAGGCUUAUUCCCUGCUGACCGAAGUCACCAAGCGCAUUGGCUGGGACCACCUUCUCAAAAUCCGUAGUCAGGUUUUCGUCAUGGAGGAAGAGUACCGCCACGAGAGACAGGCUGUUGUUCAGCAAGAAGCACACUCACGCAGCGCCAGUACCACUGCGCUCCGUAGCCCCGGCCUCACCGAUGGACGCCCUUCAACUGCUGGCUCAGUCUUCACCAACGGCGACACUCCUCCGGGAUCUGCUGCGUUGGGCGAUGAUGUCUCGAAACCACAACAUACGGUCACAGCGGUACCAUCCAUGGAGACUCCCGACCCUCAACCGCCAGCAGCCGAUCCGCAACAUCUUCAAUACACCCAGUUCCAGCACAAGCGUCUUUGCGAGCGCUGGCUUGACAAUCUGUUCAUGGUCUUAUACGAGGACUUGCGAAUCUACACCAUCUGGAGAACGGAAGCUCAACAAUACAAGUCUCAACAACUCGCUUACAAGAAGUCUGCCGACGAGUGGGAAAUUCUUGGCGAGCUUGCAGACCGUUUGCAUAGACCCGACGAUGCUGCAGAGGCCUGGGAAGCAUGCUUGAACAUGCGCUUCUCGCCGAAGGGCAUGCGCGGUAUUCUCUCUGCAUAUGAGAGAUAUGGAGACGUGCGGGGAGAGCUGGGUGCUUUGAUCAGACUCAUCGCUUGGCAGUACAAGUGGUACUCGGAGUUCUCACCCUCUCUGGUUCACGUCAUCAGAAAGUUGAUCGAAGAAGAAGGCGCCGUCAAGGUCAGGAGUAUCAUCCAGGCAACAUCCCUGCCUCAACACAUUUUAGACUUGACACAUCAAUACGCCGGCUUGUGUGCGGCCUUCAGAAGCAGUGGAAGUGAAGCGUAGUCAUGGAAUGAUGAAGAAUACCCUUUGUUUUUAUCAAACGCAGC